AUGUCCCGACUUCGGCCAUCGAGUCAGGAUGAGGUGGGAGCUGUGCUCAGCUGCGCCCUGAAAUACAACUUCUCCGGUUAUUUGGGUCUGUUAGGACAGGCCAUUAGAGCCGGUGGUGAAAUGGCCUGGGGCGAGGAUGCGAGAUGCCCGCGGCAAAACUUCUCCACGGCGAGGCCCCAGCAGGAUGCAGCCGUCAUUAUACUUGGACCUUCCUUCAUCCAAACCUCGAAGCCGCCAUUUCGAUACAAGCUGACUUCCAACCGUCUGCAGGAUUUGUUCUAUGCGACUCAAUUGUCUUCUGGCAAUAUCCCGUUGACUUCUACUAGCGGUCGUUGCGCAUCAUUGAAACCUACCAUAUGCACAAUGAGCUUCGGCUACUCCGUGACUGACCUUGUAUCACUCACAACCCUCUCCUGGAAGCUCUACAAAUCCUGCAAAUCUGCACCUAACAGCUUUGCAAGCCUUUCUUCUGAAGUUCUUUCGCUUCAUGCCGUGCUGAGAGAGGCAGAGGAGGCUCUUUUCCCUGGCGGCCAAGGCCAUGAUGACUGUAGGGCUGGAAAAUCCGCAUGUAAAGCACCUGCCGCUCUACCACCCUCUGCGCAGGAGAAUUUACGUGUCAUUGCGGAUGGGUGCAAUGGUGUGUUGGUGGAUUUGCAGUCGUUGAUUGACAGAUAUGAGAGCCUGGGGAGGAAGAAAUAUAACGCUUGGAGGAGAGUGAAGUGGGGUGCGGAAGAUAUCGCGGAAUUGAGGUCACGAUUGGCUUCUAAUGUUUCUAUGUUGAAUACCUUUGUAAGCAUAUCCCAAUUCACUGUUCAGCAAAAGCUCGAUCGUUAUACGUCCAUGCAUAAAAUGGGCAAUCGCGAAAGUUCGCUCAUUUCCGAGCAGACAGCCGAUUCGCUUUCUUCCCAUGAUAAGCUUACCUGGCGUACCAUUCGCAAGGAGCUGGAGGAGAUAGGAAUUACCGUGGCCGCCUUCGAUGCCAAUAGGGAGUUUAUCCUGAAUUGGUUUGCGGAGGCCGUGGAGUCGGACACCUUUCAACCUUGGGAGGUAGCGGACACAGAUUCUACGGGUGAUGAUACCGAUUCCGACCAUGCCACUCUUCAUGAAACAUCGCGCUUCGUUGCCUUCCAGCAAGGUGUUUCUAUGGAUCCAAAGGAGGCGGCAUCACCACCACCAUUCCCUCGCAGCACCUUCAAAACCAGACUACGCACCAGCUCAACACUCCAAUCGUUGCAAGACAAAAAAUCCGACCGCCGGAAGCCCUAUUCCUCCACGUCACCGGCAUUUAGUGAAGAAGCGUCACGAAAAACUUCCCUCCUCGCCUCCGUCAAAAGCCGCAACAUUUCCGCUGUGCGCAAAUUCCUCAAGACGAGCCCCGGCCAUCUUACCCCGGAGACGUAUAUCAUAACCCUUCAAACCGCCAUCUCGCUCGGCGACCACGCUAUUCUCGAGCUCCUCCUUACCUCUCGCCCACCCAGCUACCCACUUCCCCUUGACAACAAAAUAUACAUCAACAGCCUCCUCGCCACCUCCUUCGACGGAAAAUUCUCCAUCUCCACCUCACAAAUCACCCAGAAAACAAAACAUCCUUCCAAUCCUACUUCCCCCUCGUCCUUAAAGCAGCCGCCAUCCGCGGCCGCACCCACAUCAUCAUAUCCCUCCUGUCCCACUACUACGACCGCCUUAACCACCCUUCCUCCCCUGCCCACACACACCAUCUCAUUCCCGCUCUCCGCACCGCAGCAACACAAGGCCAUACGGACAUCGUCCGCCAUCUCCUCGCUCGCGGCUGCAAGUUUCAAGGGGCAUACGGAAAUCGUUGGCUUGCUGCUCAGGCAUAACGCGGACCCUAAUGCGCGCGGGUAUCAAUUUGGCAGUGCGCUGCAGGCGGCAGCGUUGCAGGGGCACGCGGAGAUUGUAAGGUUGUUGGUUGAUGGGGGCGCUGAUGUGGGCUUGGAAGGGGGCAAGUAUGGGACGGCGUUGAAGGCGGCGAGGCACAGGGGACAUGAAGAAGUUGUUAGAGUUUUGGUGGAGGGUGUGAAGACGGUUGAUGAGGAUGGGUCGGCGAGGAGAGGGUAG